GCUCAAGUUUUUCGCGGCAUGAAUCCUGGCCAGUCCGCCAGCACAGGGGCGGUGUUUGUGGCUUUCCUUGAGACGGUGGUGAGGGCACUUCUCACCCAGCCGCCGCCAUUCUACUGCUCUGGUGGCGGUGAACCCUGGCCAGAGUGCCCGCCGUGUCCGAGCCGCGUGUGCUUACCCGCCGAGGUGCCUGCCUUCAUCAGCGGCGGGACGUGCGAGGCGGACAGCGACAGGUGUGAGGAGAGAUUUGACGGGGUGAACGCUCUGGGUUGUGUUGCCUCGCUGGUCAACACCUUGUGGCUGGUGGCCUCGGCCUGUCAGCGGCGGCGACAUGGCGACGGUACCAACAGGCGCAGCGGCGCGGAAGUUCUGGAGGCGCCUUCGGCCCGGAGACCUGUAUCCAGCAUGGUUCGAGGACGACAUGGUCUGGCACGAGAGGAUGUGCUUGUGGCCGACGGCGGAAGCGGGGACGUGGUUGAUCUUGACACCCGACGGUCACGUGAGCGCUGAGAGUGUUGUCGGGUCGCUGGAGGGCCCGGCGCAGACUCGGGCUAUGCGAGGCGGGGUUGUGCCCGCCGCCGUCCGUGAGAGCGUUUAUCGGUUCAAGGAGCACCCAGGGUCCAUGGAGCUGAGGACCCUCGUUUCGGAGGCCCACGAGGAGGCGCUGCUGGACUCUCGAGGCGUUCCCAUGCCGCCCGUGGAGGUCUACGUCAGUCCGAGCGGGCGGGGGCGACCCGUCGAGGCGCUGCUUGGCGACUCAGCUGUGGUCGCUCGCCGCCCGCUGGCACGGCGUGGACCGUUUUCGACCUCGGUCGGCUGGGAGCGCGUUGGCGACGUGGGCGAGGCCGGCGACGGCGACGUGCUGCUGGGUGCUGAAGGCUUCCACGAGGCCCUGGCGACGGACGGCGGCGGCUGGACCAAUGUGCUGGCCAUGUCGGCGCAGGAGCGGGAGGCCUUCCGCGAGCGCGCCCGCCGCCCGGCAGCGCCGGCCCCCGCAGCUGGGGGCGCGGUCGGCGAGGCCGAGGCAGCGGCUGGCGUCGCCACGCCGCGGGCGGACGACGGCCUGGACGCGCCCGCGGCCCGCCUCGGCGGGGAGCGGCCCGCCUCGGGUGCAUGCGGAGUUGAGCCGCCUGCUUGUGAGGACUUCCGUUGAACAGGCCCGAGCUGGCCGGCAGCCAGCUUACGGUAGUAGGCCAAAGUGGGUUGAUUUUUCGCGUUUCGGAAUGCCCGAAAUCUUCGCGCUUUGGGUUGUGGUCGAAUAUUUUUCUUGGCCUUCUGGGAGCCGUAGGGUUUCAAGGGCUCUCGUGGCGUGUUGACAACGUCACCCUCAGUCGAGACAAACUGACCCACUUGAAAGAGAAACUCCC